GCCAGGCGUUUCCAGCAACUUCAUCUUCUUCGUCCGACAGAGAGAGAGAGAGAGAGGCACUGCAAAUGGCUGACCAACCUCGCGUCGACGACGCCGGCGAGAGCCCAUUAGCCGAGCUCGAGCUCAUCCUGGAGUCCGAUCCGCUCAUCGACGAAGUCGGGUUCAUUCACCCGACCCAGCUCGCGUCGCUGAGCGAGGAGGGCGUUGAUGCGCCUCCGGGUCCCAAGAAUUUGAGAUUCUGGAGCAGGGACCGUAAGCUGGGCAUUUCGACCGAGGUAGUCUUGCCGUUGUACAAGGAGGCGAAGCGCGCGUUUUUCGAUGCGGUCCGAGAUUAUAAGACGCGUCGCGGCUCGUGCGGCGAUGGAGGAGGGGAUGGAGGGAUCGGAAGUGAUGUGAUGAAGCAUAGCAAGGCUUUGUUGUUGGUGAGCUCUGAUUUCGGUACUGCUUGGAAUUCAAGAAAACUAGUUGCAUCAAAGAAGGAGUGCUUCUCUAUGUACAUGGAUGAACUACGCUUAUCAGAACUUAUCCUUUCUCAUUCUCCUAAAUGUGAACAAGCAUGGAGCCAUAGGCGUUGGGUGAUCAAGAGGAUUGCUGGACAAACUUCAUCUCUACUGGAGAUUGUUAUGAAAGAGUCUGAGCUAGUGGAGCAGAUAGCUGAGAGAUUAAAAAUGAAUUACCGUGCCUGGAAUCAUCGCUGUUGGUUGGUUUCAUAUAUGACAAGGGAACAGGUUUUAGAUGAAUUGAAGAAAUCCAAAACUUGGGCCAGCUUGCAUGUUGCUGAUAGUUCGUCCUUUAAUUAUCGCAGACGGCUUAUGACGAUGAUCCUGGAGGAUCUCUGCUGCAAGGAUGGGGUUGCAUCUCAUGAUUGCAGUUUUGAAGUUUAUCAACUUUGGAAGGAUGAGCUUAAUUGGGAUGAAAUUUUGAUAAACAGAUACAUUGGCAGAGAGGCUUUGUGGCUCUAUCGUCGCUUCCUUUCCCUAUGCUGGAUAAGACAUUUCACGACUCAUGCCGAUUCUAUGUCCUGGAAUUCCAAUUACAUUGCUGAACAGACCACGGAGGCCAGCGUCUUCUUGGAUAAGGAGCUGGACCUUGUCGGCUCCUGUUUGGUUGUUCAAGAUGCUCACUUUGAUGAUUUCCAAGCGCAAGCACUAUAUUCCACUACUUACAUCUUAUGGUUGGCAAAGCAAAUGUCCAAGCCUCUUGAGAUUGAACUCCGACAGAAGCUAACAGCGAGGAAUAUGAAUAACUUGCUGAGAGAAUUUUGCCCCAAUAGCUCCUUCCUCUGUGGGUCUUCAGCGGAAGAUACAGAAGUAACUCGAGCUGCACAAGGACAGAAAUAGUCGGAACCAUAAGUAAAAGUCAAACUCAUUGCUGUCCCUCUGCUCAUUUACUGUGUCCAGCUGUUUUACAUUUGUCAAUUUGGGUGAACCUUUUUGCAGAUGUGGAACUCCAAUACCUUAUCCCUCUUGCGUUUUGCUUUCAGUUUACGGAAGGCGACAUCAGUAGUGACAAACAUAAUCGUUGCCGUUUUUUUUCUUCUGUUGGGUCUGAGCAUAUUUAUCUGAUGGAUGAGAUGGCAAAUAUGGCAGCUGCUGCUGCUCUUUCUUAGUAAAUUUCAUAAAUUAACUCUGCUGUGGUCGUUUGGAGACUCACAUGCCGUCAUUGACUUUAAGUGAAUUGGACGUCUUGUAGCUCUGUGUAAUGAAGCCAAUGGUUCUUCAAGCCAUUGGGGGAUGAUAAGUGAGUGAUUACUUUAGCCGUUUGUUUUCA